AUGAGCGACUCAUCAUCAUCCGAUAUCGUUGUUACAGCACAAAAUGAUCCGCUGGAUGUUUUUUUGGAUUUGGAAAAAGAGGAAAAAGAAAAUCAUGGAAAACGAUUGAGCAUCGAGAAAAUUUACCAGAAGAAAACACAACUUGAGCAUAUUCUCUUGCGACCCGAUACAUAUAUUGGUUCGGUUGAGUAUACUGAUCGUGCUCCAACAUGGGUGUACGAUAUUGAAACGGAUCGAAUAGUUCAGCGUGAUAUUUCGUAUGUCCCGGGCCUCUACAAGAUAUUCGAUGAAAUACUGGUGAAUGCAGCCGAUAACAAGCAACGUGAUCCUAAAAUGAGCCUGAUCAAAGUGAACAUAAACAAGGAGAAGAAUGAAAUUAGCAUUUACAACAAUGGUCGUGGCGUUCCAGUUGUGUUGCACAAAAUUGAGAAAGUUUAUGUGCCAGAACUUAUAUUUGGGACGCUACUCACUUCCUCAAAUUACGAUGACAGUGAGCGUAAAGUUACAGGUGAUUUUUCAAAAGAAAUAGAAAAAUUUACAAUAAAUGGCAACGCGCACCAGACUAGCCGGUGCGAUCAUGCGUUUUGUGCAAUUCAGCCC